AUGUCGAGCAUCGAAGAACAGACCAACAAUGAACGCCGCGUCGCACAUCUGCUAUGUGCAGCAAUUGAUUCGCAACUGGAACUCGAGAAAGUCGCAGAAAAAUUGAUUGACAACGUGUAUAAAGAUCUGAACAGAAUGAAAGCUUCUGGCUGCUCAAGUGAAGAUUGGAUCGCAAUGUUUGACAUAGCACAGGAAUUAGUUGACCUUUUAAAAUUUUUGACCGUUGAUGAGGCUCCCAUAUCGAUUAUCGAGGAAAGAAAAGUCGUUGUCAAAGUCGGCAAUGAAUUCAUGAAAGGAGAAAAACCGGAGAAAGAUAUUGAAGAGUACCUCGAAUUAUUUUUGAAGGAGAUACAUCCCGAUUUGGAUCAGAUUAGAGCUGCUGCUAGCUUAGAGAAGCAGGACCUACACGAUAUAUUUGGUUUGGCAAAGCAAAUGGCAGAGCCCUAUAAGUUUACGUUUGAUGAGGAAAUGAAAAAGGCAACUGUUGAGGAAAAGAAGGACAAUAGAGCAAAGAGGAAUGAAAAAAAGAAUAGGAAAGGGGGAAAAAGAAAAUCUGAGAGAAGGGGGGGGGGUUCAUAUCUCUUGACGAAGAACUGA